AUGAAAACUGGCUUUAUAGAUCUUAACAAAACACAAUCUAAAGAACAGUGCUUUUUUAAGAAAUCUAAUGUCGAAUCUAAGACAAAUGAUCAUUUGAAGAAAAUUUUCCAUUUAAGGCAGAUUCUCCAAAGCUAGCGAUAAAAAUCAGAAACCAAAUAAAAAGAGUUUCCGAGCCAAGCUCAAAAGACUAUUGAAGAGCUGAGGGAAAUGUUACAAAAUAGAAAGCUAGGUUGUAAAACUAAAAAUGAACGUCUAAGGCUCUCACCAUUGAGUGAAUAAAAAUUUACCAAUAAUAGUAGGCCUAGCGGCACCACUAAAUCAAUUGAUAUAAAAAUAAUCAACAAGCAAUAAUUCUAUUAAUAAGAGGAAUUAGCUAAUCGAAGUGUAAUGCAGCUUACUCAAGAUGAAAAUUAAUCUCAAAACAGAAAAUCAGCUAAAAAUCUUGACGUUCAACAGGGUAUUAAUUUUGAGGGAAAGUCUUAUUUUUCACAAUAAGAAUCCAGCUAUGGAGCCCAUAAUCAAAGAGAAUAAAAUAAAUGUUUUUAAUAGCAAGUUUCAUUUUAAAAUGAAAUUCCAAUUUCAGCUUCAGCUUCUUCAGGCAAAAAAGAAAAGAUCUCAAACUUUAAUUUAGGAGUUUCUAAUUAGAGCUUUCUGAAAAUUAAAUAGAUCAGUAGCUAAAAGUAGGAUUGCUCAACUCAGACUGACGAAUCUAACCUAUAGAUUGUUAAACUGAAAGAGCCAAAGAUUAAGUUAAAAAAUACUAACAUUAAAAAGAGAAUAGAAGAAAAAUCAUCAUCUGAGGAGGAAAUAUAAUAAAGUACUUAACCUACAUAGGUAAUUCGCAUCGUUGUUAGAAAAAAGACUGAUUAUAAGAAAAAAUUUGAUAUCACAUUAGAUGAUAUAACUCCAUGGGAGUGA